AUGUCAGAAAAUCAGAAGCCUCAAUCCCAUCAAAACCUCUCUUCUUCACCUAAUAAAUCAAUCCCAGAAAUCGAAAGCAACGCCGCCUCUGAUUUCUCGGGCCAUCAAAGGGUCCGUUUCCCCAACCCACCCGACCUCACUAACCCUGACCCUUCUACCCUCCGAGAUCAAUGGAGGUACGCCAUCCGGCAGUACAGUCGUUGGUACUCUCACGCCUGGGGCACUGCUAUUCUUGCUGGGGUUUCCUUUUUCGCCCUCGGUUGGGUCAUCAAAGGCUCUAAUCCCCUCCCCUCUUUCAACUCCGACACAAACAAAAAUGACUCCGACACUAACAAAAAUGACAAUAGCAAGUGA